CACCCUGGUGUAUGCUGUUUGCUGACGACAUUGUUCUUGUCGGAGAAAAUGCACUUGAGGUCCAGAGCAGACUGGGAAAAUGGCAAGAAAAGCUGGAAAGUGUGGGACUGAAAAUAAGCAGAACCAAAACGGAGCAUAUGUUCUGCGAUUUCGGUGGUCUAUCCAGUCUGCUCCGAUUUCCGGUACCUUGGGUCAUUGAUCCAAAGUGACGGCAACAUCGACCGUGACGUGAAAAAUAGAAUAAAUGCGGGAUGGAUGAAAUGGCGACUGGUCUCUGGAACAACUUGCGAUCCACGAAUGCCCCUUAAACUUAAGGGGAAAAUCUACAGGACGAUCGUGAGACCUGUUGUAAUGUAUGGAUCAGAAUGCUGGGCGACGAAAGUGACGGAUGAAAGAAGAGUGCACGCAGCGGAAAUGAGAAUGUUGAGAUGGAUGUGUGGAGUGACGAGAAAGGAUCGAAUUAAGAAUGAGUAUAUAAGGGGAAGUUUGAAAGUAGCACCGGUAGCGGAGAAGAUAAGGAGUGGUAGGUUAGCGUGGUAUGGGCAUUUAAUGAGGAGGGAUGAAUGCCAUAUAGGAAAAAGAAUGUUAGGAAUGAAUGUUGAUGGACGGAGAGCGGAUGGUAGACCCAAAAAACGAUGGAUGGAUUGUGUGAAAGAGGAUAUGAGAAAGAAAGGAGUGAGUGCUGAGGUGACGAAAGAUAGAGGAGAAUGGAAGAGAAGAACAUGUUGUGCCGACCCCACAUAACGUGGGAUAAGGGCAGGAGGAAGAAGAAUAAAAUACGUAAAAUAUGGUAUUUUUAUUAAAUUUUAAACUUUUAUUUCAUUAAUUAAUUAUUACGAAUGAAGACUCGUAGGGUGUUUUGGAACGAUGCGGUCUGACUUAUUUUGGGGGUCUAUUAUAAACCUUCAAUAUAUCGUUGAAUUACGUAUGCACUUUUUUGUCUCUUUCUUUUUGCUAAUGACGUGAAAGGGACAAAGACAAUAGAAUCCAAAUACUUCGAACUUGUAUUAGGCCCCUCACGUUGAAAUGACAUUCGAAUAUGAAGGUCACUUGAAUGUUAUUUUGUCUCACUCAGUGAGCAAAAUGCGAUUUUGCUCACUGUUUUUAAGCAGCAAAUUACCCUUGUUCCAGCUGCUGACAUGAAAAAUAAAUUUAAAAGAUAUUUAAAUUCAUUAAGCUAAAAAAAAUAUAAUUAAAAAACAUAAAGCACCCAUUUUAAAAAUAAAAGAAGAGGAGAAAUCCCAAAAUAUUGUAAUAUGGAACUGUCAUCUCUAUCUGUCACAUCAAAUAUGAGUAUUAAUUAUGAAUAUUAUGAACAACAGAUGCUGAAAAUCUGUACAACUGAAGAAAUCACUAAGGAAAAUGGAAAGCCGCCUCAGCCUAAAAACGAAGAUGCAGUAGUAAUAACUGUGGGUGAUUUCGGUACAUGGCAGAAGAGAUUAGUUAUAAUGAUGGCAUUACUUAGGUUUCCAAUUAGUUGGUAUCAACUGGAUAUAAUAUUCCUUGCCCCUGCAACAGAAUUUUGGUGCAAAAAGCCAGAAGCGUUUUCUGACUAUUCGGACGAUAAGUGGCGACAGAUGUCUGUUCCGCUCGUAGAGGAGAAUCCCUGUAUGAUUUUCGACCCAGAGAUCUUACGAAUCGAUCCAACGCUGAGCAGAAGUCUGAUACCAUUAGUAAAGUGCGAAAGCUUUGAAUACAACUUGUCUGUGUUCACUAGAACUAUUAUCACAGAGUGGAAUUUAGUUUGUGAUCGACAGUGGAUGGUCAACUUUACGCAGGUUGUUCUAAUGUGUGGAUUUCUUAUUGGCAGUAUUAUAUUCGGAAAUGUAGCCGAUAAAUAUGGUAGAAAAACUCCACUCAUGAUUUCCAUAGUAAUACAAACAUUGAUGAGCUACGCCGCGAGUUUUGUGCCUUCUUACUGGAUGUUCCUCGUUUGCAGAUUUAUUUUGGCACUAGCUUCUGGGGGUGUAGGGAUUAUAUCGUUUGUAUUAGUAAUCGAAGUUGUAGGUGGUAAAUGGCGCACGAUAAUUCCUGUCCUCUAUCAGUUGCCGUUCGGACUGGGUAAUCCCGUGAUGACUGGGCUGGCAUAUUGGCUCAGAGACUGGAGAAAACUACAGUUUGCAUUGUCGACAUUAUCAGCAUUAUUCAUAUCGUAUUGGUUUUGUAUAUCUGAAUCGCCGAGAUGGUUGCUGGCGACAGGAAAUACAGAGGAAGCUUACGCCCAAUAUCUUGGCUGGAUUGGAGAUAACAUUUUCUUAUCUGUUAUGCUAAGCGGCUUAAUUUCUUCCAUCGGCCCAAUUAUCUGCGUUUUUGUAAUUAUGAAGAUGGGCCGAAAGACAACUUUGGCUAUUUUUGAAGGGUUGACGGCUCUCUGUUUUGUAUUCAUACUUUUGAUACCACGAGAUGUAUUUACGAAAGACUGGCCAAGACUUGUUUUUGCUGGCAUUGGAUUUGGAGGCAUGGCAGGAACUGUUCCGGUACUGUAUCUCUUUUCUGGUGAACUGUAUCCAACAUUAGGGCGAAACGUAGGAGUAAGCGGCGUUUCAACCUUCGCCCGGAUAGGCUCUAUGGUGGCACCAAUGGUGGCCAGCCUUAACGAAUUGCAUCCAGAUUUACCCUUGUAUAUAAUGGCUGUCGUAUUAUUUGCCCAAAUACUGGUGCUUAUACCGUUGCCCGAAACCAAGGACCGUCCGUUGCCUGACACCCUGGAACAGGCUGAACAGCUCGGUCAGACGCAAAAAAUUAACAUUUCGACAAGUACGACUCCCAUUCUGCGAAGACAAGUGAUGAAGUGACAGUUCCGGUUGCGAGAGAUAAUUAUUUUUAAGGACUUACUAAUAAAGAAAUAGUAGGUACUUAUAGAAAC